CUCUGUAGACAAACAUUAACUUUGGGAUAGACACUGUUUAUAUAUGUUCUACUCCUUCCACUUUUACUGCAUCUACCAUUUGAUCAACAUGAAAUCCUCUCUGACUCUGCUGUGUCUGGUGGUAUGGGUGAAUGUGGAUGCUUCAUCAGCUCAGACUGAGUACUGUGGUAAGCCUGAGGGUGAAGGGAGGAGAAUGCGGACGAUUCCUGAUCGAGAACGUUAUGAAAAUGGGGACCAAGUGGAGUAUGGAUGUCUUGCAACUUGUAAGAACGGAGAGUGGGAUAAGACCAUCAAGGGCAAAGAUUACUGUAGUAAACCUGAGGGUGCAGACACCAGAAUGUUGCUGAUUCCUGACCGAGAGAGAUAUGAAAAUGGGGACAAAAUAGAUUAUGGAUGCCUUAGCGGCCCAAACACAGGCUCAAGAGGAAAAGCAACUUGCAAGAACGGAGAGUGGAGUAAGACAAUCGAGUGUCAAGAAGUGAGAUGUAAAUUAUCAUUGCCACCAACAAGAGGAACCAGUUACACACCUGCUGACAGAAAUCUGUUCUUGCCUGAUGAAAGUGUAACGGUGACCUGUGCCUCAGGAUUCUGGAACUUUUUCUCACGUCAGACUGAAAAUACAAUGACAUGCAAAGAGGACGGAAAGUGGUCAUCUUCCACAACAGAUUGUGAACGGAUAACAUGUGGUGAUCCACGUGACCCUCUUGUGAGUUCUCCCUACUACUGGCAGCGGGGUCAAUUGACAGGAACUCAGCGCUACAACUGUAGAACCGGAUUUAAAACCACAAGUGCCCGGGGUGUUGCCACAUGCACAAGUGAUGGCUCCUGGACUCCAGAACCACUCUGUGAAGAGAUUACAUGUGAUAAGCCAGAUAUCCUAAAUGCUGUGAUUAAAGACCCAAAACAAGAUACAAAAUCAAUGAUCUGCUCACUUAUGAGUGUAAGAUGAAUUAUGAACUAUUGGACAGUACUACCAGACCUACUGCUACCUGUACUACUGUUAAGGGAAUUUUUAUCAAUAAUGACUAAUUAUGUAUACAUUUCAAUUAGGACUGACUAAUCAGAAUACUAUUAUGUUACUGUAUAUGUAUGAAUGUUCUUUUUAAUCCUCGUACUGAAUAUAAUGUGUGUAAAUAUAAUCAAUAAUUAGAACAAUGACUGUCUGUUCCUUUGUAGAAAUGAAUGAACUAUAUCGCCAGACUGGCUAGAAUGCUUACCUACACAGGCUGACCUUGGCUCUAGACGAGGUGGGAAGGCUUGAGAACUAUAGAGCCUUUCUACCAGUGUCAAGAAGAGACGGAACAUUUAGAAAACGCUGACGUAAUUUUCAAUUUAUAACCUGUGGUAAAAUGUGUAAUGAGCAGUACUCACGAGAAUAAAUGCAGCUGGUUGAUUUCAAA